AUGGAUUCGGGCAAUAACCCACCUAAACAUGAUAAAACUACCGAGAAUUUUGCCAAAAAGCCUACAUUACCCCCAAUUCAACAGUUAACUAAUGGUCAAGUAUUUGAACAUAGAGAGAAAAAUCGAGAUAAUCAAUUGAGUUCUUCUUCUACUACUGGGAAUCUACCAUUGAAUAAUUCUUCUUCUGAUGGUUCCAUUUCUGAUCAACAUUACCAUUCACAACAACAACAACAACAACAACAAGCUGUACUGAAUUACCCAGUGAUUCAUACAUCACUACCGCAUCAACUACAUACAUCUCAACCAACACGGCUACUACCUAUAGAUGAGCACCAUCCCCCGCAACCAAACUCCGAACCCCAGCAAAAUCAGGAACAACUUCAAAGCCAACAAUUGGUAACUGCUACUACUACUACUACUACUACAACAACAGGCAAAUCCAGACCAAAAUUAGUUAAAAAAUAUUUCUGCAAGAUUUGUUCACAAGGGUUUACUAGAAAGCAUAAUAUGGUCAGUCAUGAGUUGAUCCAUUCUUCGUUAAAGCCGCAUAUAUGCAAAGUAUGCAAUUUAAGAUUUAGAAGAAUUCAUGAUUUAAAGAGACACGAGAAAUUACACACAGGAGAAAAACCAUAUGCAUGUUCCAAAUGUUCAAGACGAUUUGCCAGGCCAGAUGCCUUAACUAGACACCAAAAUUCUGCAAAUGCCUGUACUGGUUUAAGUGGUUCCACAUAUAAGCCUGUGAUUGAAGGAGAAGAUGGUAGUGCCAGUAAUCUUAACCUUCGAGAUUCAUUUGAUGCACCGGGUGAAGGGCAUUCAUUACAAAAUUCAGGUGGGGUAGUAGAAGGGUCUUCAAGUGGAAUUCACAAGAGACAAAAAAGUGCUGGAGAUACAAUUAAGGACGAUAAUCUAAAUCCUCGUCCGCCGUUACCUGGUCAUUCAACUUCUUUACCUCCUCAACCUCCAUAUAUUGAUCCCAAUCAUAGCUCAAGAGCCCCAUUGCAACAUUCCCACUCAACACCAGCAGCUCCGAUGCCAUACCAACCACCACCUCCUCCUCCUCCUCCUCCUCCUCCUCCACCUCCAGUGUCAUCUCAAUUACCUUCUUUCUCUCAACAUGGUAAUAUCAACCCUAAUAGUGGAUCCCCUCCAUUGCAACAUCCCCCACCACCACAAGCUGCCCCUCCACAUGGUCAUCUUUUUCAACUGGUCCCUCCUUUGCAGACUCAUAUACCACAACCGCAAAGUCAUUUGCCAUAUCAUCCACAUUUAAUAGGAGGUGGACCCCCAACAGCUCAACCACCACAUCAUCCACCACCACCACCAUCACAGCAACUUCAUUAUCAGGGUCAAACUCAUUACCCACAAUACCCCUAUAUAUCGUAUCCACAUCAUGCUUAUCAGCCACAACAGAAUGCAGCAAUCCCCUCUUAUCUGCCCCUGCACGGAAGUCCGGUUUCUGCACCCCCUCAUCCAGCCGGACUUGACCAAGGACAAUACCCCAUGCCAAUCACGCCUACUAAUCAACUGCAGUCACAAAGUGCUCCUCCCUUUGUAUCACAUCGCAUUCCAUCAAUUAGUGUUGGAUCACCAUCACAACCGAUAGAUUUACAGCAGCGAUCGGCUACAACAACUACAGGGGAUAGUCGAACUCCUAGUUCUUAUAGACCUCAUGGA